AUGGGACCGGAUAUGAUCUCUCUGGAUGGACAACCAAUCAUUUGUGUCAGCAACCGAAUGUGCUGCAUCAGGCCGCCUCAUGUUUCAUUUGGUAUGCUAUUCGAAAUAUCGCGAUACAUGUAUAUACGUAAUACACGUGUGUCGCGAUAUCUCAAAUAUCGUACCAACUCAAGCAUGAGGAGGCUUGGUACAGCAAAUUCAGUUGCCUGGAAACCAAAGUUGUUUGCAAAGCACAACGCCAAUAAAUUUCAUCAAUUCUACCGGAAUCCUUCCUCUUGGCAAGGAAUUCAAGUAGACGAAACGAAACGUCCACAUUCUGCGAGAAACCUGAUGUCAGAUUUUGGAGACGCUGAACGGAGUUGCUUUGGAACUGAAGGGACUUAUGUACAGCUUGGUCCUUGUGACUAG